CUUGGAUAUUCUUUUCUUAUGUGUUUCGAAUAAAUAACCACACCCCCUUUUUCAUUUAUCACUUCUUUUAAUUCUUUACAAACACAAACACUCACAGAGAGAACCGCUUUAGAAAUGGUUUGGGACAUAUUCAUACAAACACCAGAUCCUGCAGUGCUUAAAAGUGAAAAAGCAGAUAUGAAAAAUAAUAGCAGAUACAUUGAUGAUGAAAUAUUGCUGGCUAGACUAGGUUACAAACAAGACCUGAACCGCCAAUUAUCUGUAUUCUCAAAUUUCGCUAUUUCAUUUGGAUGUUGUUCUGUGCUCAGUGGACUACUUCCUAUGUGGGCCGAGACAUUGGUAAAUGGUGGUACAUCAGCCUCUAUAUGGGGUUAUCUUCUAGUCGCUUUAUUAACAUUAACCAUCGGCAGUAGCUUAGCAGAAAUUUGCAGUGCAUUCCCUACAACAGGCGGCUUAUAUUUUUGGACAGCACAAUUAUCUGAUUCAGAGUGGGUGCCAUUUAUGUGCUGGAUUGUUGGUUAUUUUAAUUGGUUGAGUCUUUCUGUAGCCAUCUGUGCGGCUGAUCUUGGUAUGGCGCAGUUCUUAGUAUCAGCCAUUUCAGUAACUCAUUCAGAUUUCCAGUCCACUCCAGCUAUUGAUUAUGCCGUUUUUAUUGCCAUCUUAAUCAUCCAUGGCCUUAUGAACAGUCUUCCAAUUCGUUAUACAGGAAUGAUUAACAACCUUUCUGUGUGGUGGCACUUGAUGGGCAUCCUAUUCAUCAUUAUUGUUGGACUUCUUCUCACUCCUAAUAAACCCUCAGCUUCCUUUGCACUUGGGCAGGUUUAUGAUGGCACGGGAUUUAAUUCAAGUGGUUUUGCUUGGCUAAUCGGCCUCCUGCAGGCUCAAUUUACCCUAAAUGGGUAUGAUACAGCUGCACAUGUAAGCGAAGAGACAAAGUCAGCACAGCGCGGAUCUCCUAUGGGCAUUGUUAUGGCGAUCGCUACUUCAGCGAUUGCAGGUACUGUACUUAUGAUUGCCUGUGCCUUCAUGAUCCAAGAUUUUGAUCGGCAAAUACUGAAUCCUCAGGCAUCCAUGGCCAUUACUCAAGUGUUCCUGGACGGAACAGGCAUUGGCUGGACCAUGUGGUUUCUUGUGAUUAUCAUUGUAGCAAUGUACUUUGCUGGAGCAGCAGUCGUUGUAGGAUCUUCUCGUCAGACAUACGCAUUUGCAAGAGAUGGAGCCAUGCCUUUUUCUAAAUGGCUAACAAAGUUGACGUCUUACAAGGUCCCUGUGAAUGCGGUUUGGUUCAAUAUCACAUUUGCUGCACUGUUGGGAAUACCAUACUUGUUUAGUGAUGUGGCAUUUGAAACUAUCGUGUCCAUCAAUACGAUUGCUGCCAAUAUUUCUUACUUUAUACCUAUUUGGCUGCGUAUUACAAUGGCUAGAAAAAGAUUUGAAAGGGGUCCAUACAAUAUGGGUCGUUUUUCAAUUCCGUGUGGCAUAAUUGCUUGCAUAUGGAUAGUCUUUACUUCUGUAUUAUUUAUUUUACCUACAAAAUAUCCUGUUACGCCAGAAAAUAUGAACUUUGCUAUCGUUCCAUUUGUAAUUGUUAUUGGUUUAGCUAUUCUGGCUUAUAUGGUAUCAGGUCGUAAAUGGUUUACUGGGCCUGUUCGUAAUGUGGAUACCUAAAGAGAGAGAGGAAGACAGCAGCGGCUGACUUUAUUUGUAUAUAUACAUUAUUUAACUUAGAUAAAUCACAUUCAGAAAUUAUUGGCACAUAAUCCGCAUAAACUAUUUCUCGC